AACCCUCGGCGCCGGCAAGAUUUUUUGUGCAUUAAAUUUGUCUGUUUAUGUUGUCAAUUUCUAAAAGAUAGAAAUAUAAAAAUUCUGUUUUCUCUAAUAUCUGGCCUCUAGUGCUUCGGAUUUUAACUAAUGUUCUUAGUAAAUGUUUUAUUGUGGAAUAUAAAUUAAUUAAUAAUAUAUCUAAAAGAAUGUUGGAAAAUGAAGUAUUGGCCCUGCAAAAUCAAUUGACCAUCGCACGCAAUGAAAUCAACAAACUCAGACAGCAAGUUCGCAACUUGCAGCAUGUGCAAAGGAAGGAUAUUGAUGGAGUGGUUCGAUUGCUUCGGGAAUUUAGGUGUGAGGGCUGCCGUCGACAAACGGCAGAGGAGAAUACGCGGAACAGCAAUGUAUCACCUAAAGAAAAUCAGCAGAUAGAUACUUUUGAAGCGGAGGCGAGGUGCGAGGGUGUGCUUUGGCAACGUAUCGGCGUGAUACGUACAGCAUUUCCUGAGAAACGUGGUGUGCCGCGACAGUCGAGCGUGGGAGGUCGUUUACGUGGCAUGGUGGAGUUGAACUCAGAAACCUUUACUAAUCCAGAACAUGCGCUUGAAGGUCUUGAGGAAUACUCACAUAUGUGGCUGAUUUACCAUUUUCAUAAGAAUAGUGCUCAUCCCAAGGCCAAGGUCGCACCGCCGCGAUUGGGUGGUGAACGUGUGGGUGUAUUUUCCACCCGCUCCCCACAUCGUCCCUGCCCUGUGGGUUUGUCCUUGGUAGAAAUUGAAAAGGUGGAAGGUGCGACAAUAACAUUCUUUGGUACAGACAUGGUAGAUGGUACACCUUUGCUAGAUAUUAAACCUUUUAUUCCAUUUUAUGAUUCUCCAUCAUCGCCAUUGGAUUCAGGCCGUGUAUCGGUUGGACCCCUCGAAGCGCUUGAUUUCUAUGAUUCUCGUCAAGAACCAGAUGGAGAAGAAUCCGAACUUGAGCUUAUUGCUGCCGGUGCAACAGGAGGAAGUAAUAGCAGUAGCGAUGAUGCAGUCGGUGAUGGGAUUAAAGUCUCAACGCCUCCUAAUAUUGUCAAUCGCUCUUCGCCGCCUUCGUGUGCUGUAAAGGUACCCAACUGGGUGGCGGGCAGCCAUCGUUUAAAAGUUUGCUUCAACGAACGUGCUGAGGCACAAUUACAAGAGCUUCAAGUGAGCCGGCAGUGCAUAACUGACGUAUUAGAAGCGGAUCCACGCUCAGUGUAUCUAAGAACAAAAUAUGGUUCUCAAAUCUUCACUUUCCAACUAAGUGAGGUAACUGUCACGUGUAAAUUUGACGAUAAAGCUGCAAUGGUAACAGUGGUUCAGAUACGUAGAACGGAAAAUGUUCAGGACGAAGAAGUGCCAGAGUGAAGAUGACUUCAUAUUUCUUAGAAAAAUGUUUAUAUUUACAGUGCACAUGUAUGCUUAAUAAAAAAUAAAAGAGCUAAAGUUAAAUGAGCAUACGAUAAGAUUAAAGCUAGUAUUUGCAUAAGUCAAUGGACUAUGUACUAUCAAAGUACCGGGUCUGCUACUAUAAUUCAUUUAUAUACUUUUGUUUGAGCUCUCUUUAGUAGCAUGCCCUGCAAUAAAAGCAUUAUUUAAUGAAUGAACGUUAAAAUUUUUUUACCUCUUGUGCUUUUUUUGCUUAGUCAAAUGCUUGUAAUGCUUAUAUAUAUAGCCGCUUAAAACAUAUCGUCUAGAAAGUAAAUAAAAAAGAUGUUGAAAGUAUUAAUUGAAAAACAA